AUGGCAGAUCAAGCCAGCCCGUCGUUGCAGGUGAUUAUUCUGGGAUCCGGGGGCGGACCGCAAGAGUCCAAUGCCACGGCUUUUCUUGUCCGUUCACUAGAGCACGAUUGGCGCAAGGGCUCUCUUGUUGCCGUCGACGCUGGCGUUCACCUUUCCGCCAUUACCCGCCUCAUCGAAGAGGCGACACCUUCGCCCGUGCCAUCGACGCCCUUUGCGCUGACUUCGGGUCCCUUUGCCGGCUUGCGCCUGCCUCACAGCACCGCAUCAGCCAAUGCCGCUCACGUCGCACGGGCGCUUGUGGACACGUACCUCAUCACACAUCCUCACCUCGAUCACAUCUCUGGCUUCGUCAUCAAUACCCCCGGGCUCACUGGCACGCGGCCCAAGAAGCUCGCGGCGCUGCCCAGCACCAUCCAAGCCUUCAAGACGCACAUCUUUAACAAUGUCAUCUGGCCCAACCUCAGCGACGAGAAUAAUGGCGCGGGCCUGCUCACCUAUCUACGGCUGGUUGAGGGCGGCAGCCCUGCCCUUGGCGAGGGCGAGGGCAAGGGAUAUUUGGAAGUCUGCGAGGGCCUGCAGGUCAAGACGUGGAGCGUCAGCCACGGCCAUUGCAUGGAGAAACACAACCAUCGCGGGUCGACGGCCUCCAAUCCUUCCACACGAUACGGGAGUCAUGACGCUUCCGGCGCUGUCCCCGUGCCUCGACGGGAUACCUGCGCUACACCGCAUCCGCAGCCCAUGUCCCGGGCACACUCGCUUGCUAACCAGACCUUUCUCGGUAAUUCAUCACCGCGUCAGUCCAACGAGACUGAGCGCGUCUGCGUCUACGACUCGAGCGCAUACUUUAUCCAGGAGCAGACGACGCGCCGCGAGAUUCUCAUCUUUGGCGAUGUCGAGCCGGACAGUGUAUCGCUGAGCCCACGCAAUUUGCACAUUUGGCAGGAGGCUGCCCCCAAAAUCGCGGCCGGUAAUCUUACUGCAAUCUUUAUCGAGUGCAGCUUUGAUGAUUCGCAGUGUAACGACCGGCUCUACGGCCACCUCAAGCCUGUGUUCGUCAUGGAAGAACUGACGGCGCUCGCGGCCGAGGUGGAAGUCGCGCGGAAGCUGCGCGCCCUGGAAUCUAGAAAGCGCAAGCGCUUGAGCAUCUCCGAGGAGAGGCGUGACCGUGGACCGAAUGCGGCAUCACGCAGGCAGGCCUUUGCAGCAGAGGACCCCGUGUCGCCCAAGUCGCUUAGGCCGAGUCUGCGAGCGACCGAGGUCGCGGUGAGAACGACCGGGGGCACGGACACGCCGCACAUUGCGACGCCGACGGAGGAACUGUCGCUGCAUGAUUCGGAUUUUGGUACCGUGACGAUGCCAAUGUCGGCAACGUCAUUGUCUCGUCCGCUCAGAGGGCUCAAGAUUGUCAUUAUACACGUCAAGGAGACGUUUUCGGAGGGACCGGCCCCCGCUGAUGUAAUACUGGAGCAGCUGCAGGAUCACGAGGCGGAGGCGCAACUCGGGUGCGAAUUCAUCAUUUCCAAAGCGGGACAGUCAUUUUAUUUGUAG